AUGGUCGAAUUGUUUACUUUUGCUGUUUAUGCCCAAGCUUUUUCACAAGAGCUGAUUAGGCAGGACGACAUAAUCACUUCUGCAGCUAUAUCUCAGAAAUAUGUAGCACUGGGGACAAAUAAAGGUUUUAUUCAUUUACUAAACAUACAAGCAAAAGAAGCAGAAUUGAUCGGCCCAUAUACGAAAAUCAAACAUGUAGCAACUCAAGGAAAUUUGGUAGCUUGCUGCACUGAAAAUAAGGUUAUUGCGUAUGAUUCAGAACAAGCGGCAGAGGUAAUGAAUGUCGAUGUUGCGAAUCCUAUGAAAGUCGGGAUUGCUAAUAAAGAUUUGGGGCAAUUAGCAAUUAUUUGUGCGACUGAAACAGAAUUAAUUUUAAUGCAAAAAGGAUGAGUAAGAGUUUCAAAAAGAGCUGUGAAAAGUGGAAUUAAUGGGCUGAAAGAUAUCGUUAUUUGCAGAUUUUUGAACUUUACCACCUAAGUGUGGAAUCUUUUCCGUGUGUGAAAAGAGGAUUCCACAUGUGAAGCCCUUUUGAUUUCACAUGUGGAAUCCUCUUUUCACACACGGAAAAGAUUCCACACUUAGGUGGUAAAGUUCAAAAAUCUGCAAAUAACGAUAUGAUAAUUCAUCACCAUUUAGUUUGUUUCUCAUUGAAUUCGAAAGUAGAGUUCUUUAAUUUAUUGCAAGAAAAAACUACUCAUUCACUUACUAUUGCUGAUAACUCGAAAUGCUUGAUACAUUGGGCAUCAGCUGCUAUGUGCUUUGUGUCAGCUGGGACUGCUGUUCAUGUGCUGGAAUAUUCUCAAAAUCAAGGCUUUGAUACUUUUAGGCAUAUAAAAUCAAUAAUGACAUCUACAAUUCCUAUAGCAAUUGGGUCAUUUAAUCAAUUAUAUUUAUUAGAAAUUGAUACCAAUAAUUUAUCGGUGUACUCCUUGCAACAAGAAUUAACAUUUGCUGCAAAAGCCCCUGUUAAUAAGUUUCUCCUGUCUUACAAUCAAUCUAACUCACCUUUUUAUUUAGUUGGAGAAACUGAAAUUUAUAAAAUUUCACCUUUAACAGCAAAAGAUAAGCUGCUUCAUUUGAUUGAAAAGAAGAAAUAUAAUCAAGCAUAUGAGCUUGCAAGCAAAUUCAAACUUGACAGGAUUCCAAUAAUGGAAUCGCAAGUUGUCGGUCUUAUUCAAAAUAAUUCGAUGCAUGAAGCCUCGCAGCUUGCCAUUGGUAUUCCUUAUAGUUCUCAAGUAUGGAAUUUUAUUAUUCAAGAAUUUUUGUUAAAGAAAAUGGUGUGUCUGAUAGUUAUGAAUAUGCCUCUUCCUGAAGAUGAAAAAAUGCUUGAAGAAAUACUCACACAGGUGCUUGAUCAUAAAGAACUAAUACAGUUUCAGUAUAUUAUAGACAAAAUCCCUCCACAUGUUGUAACAAAAGCGGUUUUCUUGUAUAAAAGCAUUCCAAAACUCUUUCAAGAUGAAGUUAACAGCUAUUUUUUAAAGCAUGGAAAAAUCAUUGAAGCUUUGGAAAUUUCGUUAGAAGUAAGGUCACACCAUUGUUUUAAAAUCCUAAUUCGCAAAAAUUGGAAAGUAAAUAUUAAUUUAAUUGCCAAUUUAUGUUUUAAAACGCAAUUUGUUUAAAAUUAAACAGAAUUAGCCAGAGAUUUCAUUAUACUAAUUAUCACUUAUAUAUCAAAAUUUUUCACCAUAAAAAAUUUUUUAAUAGAAAAAUUUUUGUUCGCUCAGAGGGUGGGUUUUUGGGCACAAAAUAGGGAUUUUCUAAUGGUUUUGUUCGCUCACGGAGGGGGAGUAAGUGAACACCCAGAUACAAUUGAAUUUGUUGGAAGCAAUCCUUCUUAUAUCUCAAUUUUAUUUGAAAUUGAUAAAACCAAAGCAAGUGAGUAUUUUAAGGUGAAAAAAGAAAAAAUUAAAUAUGAAGAUUUGGUUGAUAAUUUCGAUUUAAGACUAAAACAUAUUGGUCAAUUUCCAGAAUUGUGGAAGCAAACAUUUUCUGAAGCAAAAGAUAAUUUCACAAAGAAAAAAGCAGUUAUUGGGGCUUUAAAAUACCAUCCAAACCCAGUUGAAUUUAUCCAAGAAAUUGAUAUUGAAGGAUGUGAUGACGAAAUAAAAAAUCUAAUAAUGUCUUUAGGAAGCUAUUUGAAAGCUUAUACUGCAGCUUCAAGAUCUGCUAAAAAAGAAAUCCCAGAAUAUUUCAAAAUGCUAUAUGAAGAAAUUUUACAGCCUUAUGUAAUCGAUGAAACAUUCCUGUGCCAAAAAUGUGCAGGGCCGCUUGAGGGAUUUCCAUUUAUAUUAAGAAGAUGCGGACAUCAUACUCAUAAGAAGUGUGCAGAAACCUGCAUUUUUUGUAAGAACCUUUUUUAA